AUGCUGGAUCUACUGUCUGGAGACAUCAUCUGGCGCAUUUUUCGAUAUCUCGAUGUGGGAAGUCGCGCGCGGCUUGCAGCCGUCAAUACAACUUUCUACAGACUGUUCAAUAAGUGGGAAGAUCUGCUGCACUGCUCAGUCCGUCUCGAUGGCAUUACGCUAGCUGGUGAAAAUUUUGUCAUAGAGAGGAAGCUGGUGACACCGGUGUUUGAUCGAUGCCCGCUGAUUCGAAAGUUAGCAGUGCACGAUGAGCGUGUCUUGUGGAAGGUGGAUCGUGAAGUCCUGCGGAGCCUGGUCAACAUCAACGAGCUCCACAUCUCCAGCAAUUUCUUCGCCGAAGGCUCAUCGGAUGCGACAAUUGCUGCUCUUUUCUCGUUCCCGAGGCUGCAAGUGCUGCACAUACAGCAGCGAUACAGCGAGGAAAAAUGCCAGCUGAACAUUGUGCGUCCUCAUCACGUUCUUGAGAUUGCUUCCGCUUCUCUCAGCGACCUCAAAUUGCAGGGUGUGGUUGUAACGGCGCAAGCACUGGAAUUAAUUUGUUCAAAGUAUCGGAACACUCUGGAAUCACUGUGCUUGCUCGGCGGUCUCGUGUCGACCUCAGACUUGCACCGAUGCUUCCAGGCAAUUAGUAAGUGUAGUGAGUCAACUCAUCAGCUUAUGGCGCAUUUUAGGACUUAG